AUGCCAACUACAACAGACACAUGUCCAAUUUGUACAUCCAACCCCAUAGACGACUCAAAGUCUAUUACCAAUAUAUCAUGGAUCCAAUGUGACGUAUGCAAUCAAUGGUUCCAUGCCCAGUGUGUACGACUCACCCCGGCAGAAAUAAAUAACUUACAUUCUUACCAUUGCAAACAGUGCAGUAAAGUCCAUGGACCAUCCGUGUUUAAACGGAAAUCUAAACGUGCAAAAGUAUCAAUUGACUAUGUAGCAUUGAAUGAAGGUGAUGCUUUUGCCGUAGACAAGUCAAGUCACCCCCACUUAAGCAAGUUUUUGGAGUUUACCUCUGAAAGUGCUAUCGACCAGUGUAUCAACAGUGUAGACGAACUAACUAAAGAAUAUGCCCUUGAUUCACAGAUGGUAAAGCCAAUUCUAAUCACCAAUGCCGAUUUGUCCAAAGUGGGUAUGGAAUUACCUGCCGACCGUAAGAAAAUCACCAUUCAAUACAUUACAAAUCUUGUGGGAGAAGACGAACCUGUGGAAGUAAUGGAUGUCCUCACUCAACAGAGCGUGCAACCAGGUUGGAAAAUGGGACAAUGGCGAGAUUACUUCAUGACUGACGAAAUAUCUCGGGAUCGAAUAAGAAAUGUCAUUUCCUUGGAGAUAUCCCUGGUAGAAGGUCUCGGUGAUACGUUCAUCAGACCCAAAAUGGUUCGUGAUUUGGAUCUUGUCGAUAAAGUAUGGGAUAAAGAGGAUGAACAGCCUCGAUCAAAAGUCACAAAGUAUUGUUUAAUGUCGGUCAAGAACUCAUUUACUGACUUUCAUAUUGAUUUUGGGGGAACGUCCGUGUAUUAUACUGUAUGUCUGGGACUCAAAACUUUCUUGAUGUAUCCACCAACAGAAAACAACUUGGAGUUAUACACCUCUUGGUGUCUCGAACCUAGCCAAAACUUUAUGUGGUUUGGAGAGUACUCGAUAGUCAAGAACAAACAACGGAUAUCACCGGAAAAUGGGUUUAAGGUUACGUUACAUCCAGGAGAUUUGUUUAUUAUUCCUAGUGGAUGGAUCCAUGCUGUUCAUACCCCUGAAGAUUCAAUAGUUAUUGGUGGUAAUUAUCUUACCUUAAGAGAUAUGAAGAUGCAAUUGAGUAUUAAUAAUAUUGAAAAAACAACUAAAGUUCCUUCACGAUUUAGAUUUCCUAUGUUUAAUAAGGUGUUGUGGUUGACAGCGUACUAUUACCUAAAUCAUAGGCAGGACUUCCGUGAGGAUGUUAAGAGUCUGACCAAGUCACAGUAUGAAGUCUUGGACUCACUCAUAGUUCAGUUGCGUAGUCAUCUCGAAUUAAGCAAAACUAAUACAGUUGCAAAACGAAGUAUACCAGUCAACCUUAUUGGAAAGACACCUACGACAUUCUUAGAUAAUUUAUCCAGCUUUAGAGACACUUUUACGUGA